UGACUGAUGAUGAAACGCCCACAGACGUCACACACAGGAAGACCAAGAGCAUUUGCUUGUUCUUGUCAAGAACAAUGGAUGAGCAGUUGGUGAACGCGGAGGCUUGCAGGAUUAAACGAGAGUGCUAAAGCUAUGUUGUCUCUGCCGACAGAGGGAUCGUCAGCUGAGGACUUUAUUGUUUUGAGUUGUGGAUUUUAUCUCUAAAAACAUCAUAAGCUGCUGAUCAUGUCACUUCCAGAGGAGGAUCUUACAUGCCCGGUGUGUUGUGACAUUUUCAAAGAUCCUGUCCUGCUGUCAUGCAGCCACAGUUUCUGCAGGAACUGCAUGAAGAGCUGCUGGGACACAGGGAUGCGAGAAUGCCCCAUCUGCAGGAAAAAGGGACCCAAGUCCAAUCCUCCGUCCAAUCUGGCUCUGAAAAAUGUCUGUGAGGCUCUUCAGGAGGUCAGAAGAAUGAGUUCAGAUCAGGUCGAGGAAAAGAUGAACUGCAACUUGCAUGGGGAGAAGUUAAAACUCUUCUGUCUGGUGGACAGACAGCCCAUAUGUGUGGUGUGUCAGACCUCCAAAGUGCAUAUGAAGCACAACUGUUUACCUAUAGAAGAGGCCCUGUUGGACUGCAAGGACCAACUUGUUUCAUCACUGAAAAGCUUGCAAGAUAAAGUGGAAAGUCUCAAAAGUAUCCAUGGGAACACUGCUGAAAUGUUGAAGUAUAUCAAGACUCAGACGCUGGAAACACAGAAUAAGAUCAAGAGCCAGUUUGAGCAACUACAUCAACUCCUGUAUGAAGAAGAGUCGGCCAGGUUAGCAGCUGUGAAGAAAGAGGAGGAGGAGAAGAUCGAAGCAAUGAAAGAUAAGAUUAAAGAACUUUCGGCAGAGGUGCUUUCUGUAAUGGAGAACAUCUCUGCCAUCCGGCAACAGAUGAAGGAAAAUGAUUUAAUUUUGUUGAAGAAUUUUAAAACCCCUCAGAAUGGAAGUGAAGGCAUGCUGCUUGGGUUGGACAACAUGUCUGGGUUACUGAUUGAUGUGACGAAACACCUCUCCAACCUCAAAUACAGAGUCUGGGAGAAAAUACUGGAUCAAAUUGACUACACUCCAGUUACCCUAGACCCAAACACAGCACACCCAUGCCUCAUCCUAUCCGACGACCUCGCUUCCCUCAAAUACUCACAGGAGCCGAGCCGUUGCCCUGACAACCCGGAGCGUUUCCACAUGAGCGCUGAAGUGGUAGGUAUGACUGCACUGGGCUCAGGAAGCCACCACUGGAUUGUAGAAACAGGAAGUAAUCAGGACUGGCUCCUGGGUGUGGCUUCUUUGUCUGUGCCGAGAGACGCUGAGAUAUCAGCUCGCCCGGAAAACGGCUUCUGGACUUUAUGCAUCAGGGACGGCGAGUUCAGGGCGAUGACCUCACCCCCCACCCCUCUAACAGGUUUAAAAAUGCCAAAUCAGGUCAAAGUGCAAUUGGAUUACAACAAAGGAAAUGUGUCUUUUUAUGACCCUGCUGACAACACACUCUUUUAUGCAUUUAAAGAAACAUUUACUGAGCUUUUAUAUCCAUAUUUCUAUACUCAAAGCUGUCAUCCAUUGAAAAUAAUGCCAGAAAAGGUACUUGUCACAAUGUUGCGGCAGAAUGUGUAAAUCAUUAACUACUGAGGUGAACGUUGCAACUGCUGUCUAAAAUGACACAAAGUAUUCCUAAUCUAUGUU